GAUAACCAAGGCUCUUCCUCCUCAAAGCCAACCUCUGUGAUACCCCGCGCGCCGCGAAGCAAUCAUCUGUCGCAACCUUGCUACCCCACGUUACCCUACCUCUUCCUGCCUACGCGAUAUUUUCGUUGCACACGAACCGUCCAGCCUCGUCUGGGAACCUCACCGCGUUCCGUCAUUCGAGCUCAAGCUCCCCGCCUACCCUCAACACAACUCCCCGCCACAGCAACGUGCACAAGGAAUAUCACGAGCCAUGGAUACCAACAUGGAGGAUGUUGGCAGAGCGCCAGAGCCGUCUCAACUGUCUCCUGUCGAGGAGCCCACGACGAUACCUACUCUCGAUGGGUGGAUCGAGAGUUUGAUGAAGUGCAAGCAAUUGGCUGAGGUCGACGUCCAGAGGCUCUGCAACAAGGCUCGAGAGGUUUUACAGGAUGAGUCCAACGUCCAACCAGUGAAAUGCCCUGUCACAGUCUGCGGUGAUAUUCAUGGUCAAUUUCACGACUUGAUGGAGUUGUUCAGAAUUGGCGGUCCCAACCCAGAUACCAACUACCUUUUCAUGGGCGAUUACGUUGAUCGAGGAUACUACUCCGUCGAGACUGUUACUUUACUCGUUGCUCUCAAAAUUCGAUAUCCCCAAAGAAUCACAAUCCUCCGUGGAAAUCACGAAUCCCGCCAGAUCACGCAAGUCUAUGGUUUCUAUGACGAGUGUCUCCGAAAGUAUGGCAACGCCAACGUCUGGAAGUACUUCACAGACCUCUUCGAUUACCUCCCCCUGACCGCCCUUAUCGACCAACAAAUCUUCUGUCUUCACGGAGGUCUUUCCCCCAGUAUCGAUACUCUCGACAACAUCCGUGCCCUUGAUCGUAUACAAGAGGUUCCACACGAAGGUCCGAUGUGCGAUUUACUAUGGUCAGAUCCAGAUGAUAGAUGCGGAUGGGGAAUAUCUCCUAGAGGAGCUGGGUAUACCUUUGGGCAAGACAUCUCGGAGGCAUUCAACCACAACAAUGGCUUGACGUUGGUUGCAAGGGCACAUCAGUUGGUCAUGGAGGGUUACAACUGGUCGCAGGAUAGAAAUGUGGUCACCAUCUUCUCGGCUCCAAAUUACUGCUACAGAUGUGGUAACCAAGCCGCUAUCAUGGAAAUCGAUGAGCACCUAAAGUAUACCUUCUUGCAAUUCGAUCCUUGCCCAAGAGCUGGCGAACCCAUGGUUUCACGACGAACCCCCGAUUACUUCCUCUAAAUCACGAUCGACCGGCCCCCACUUCGUCUAUGAGAGCAUGCUACAAAACAAGCAGUGCUCUGUUUGUGUACGUACAAAACAUCAUCCGAACUGCUCCGGGGUUCGAGAUGGCGGGGUAGUUCAGAGAUUCAGCAAAGGGAUGCAAAUCCAGGUGCUAAGCGCGACACAUUUGUACCGUAGACUUGCAUUAGACUCUGAUAUGAAUGCAAAAACGAUUGAUAUGAUAGGGCUGUGUGGGAAAUCUAUUUUGGCUUUAAUUCACAUGUGGUAUGAGAUCAUGGGCAAAGCUCUCGGGCUCCUGUAAGCGAACGGAACGAGACGAGGCGAUAGCACCGUGUUUGCGUGAUGAGAUGAACCGGAUCAUUCCUUUUCUUGUUUGCCCUCGUGAUCCAC